CCCACGAUCGUGAUCGACUUGUAACUCUUCCUCCUUCCUCUCAUCAUCAUGACAUCACGGCCAAAGAAAUCGAGAACCUACAGAGUACUGAAAGGGAAUGAUAUCAACGCUGUUGCUGAGUACAUAAAGUCCAAAGAUUGCCGAAAUAUUAUCGUUAUGUUGGGUGCCGGUGUCAGCACAUCUGCUGGUAUUCCAGAUUUCAGGUCACCUAAAACUGGUCUCUACGCGAAUCUUGCCAGGUUGAACCUUCCCUACCCUGAAGCCGUUUUUGAGAUCGGCUUUUUCAGACAAAACCCAGUCCCUUUUUACACUCUCGCCCAUGAACUUUAUCCAGGAAAAUACAGGCCCACCCUCACGCAUUCGUUCAUUAGUCUGCUUGCUUCCAAACGGCUCCUACAGACAUGCUUCACGCAGAACAUCGAUACGCUCGAACGACGUGCGGGAGUUCCCGACCACAAGAUUAUUGAGGCCCAUGGCAGUUUUGCGUCGCAAAGGUGCAUUGACUGCCAUACACCGUAUGACGGCUUGAAGAUGAAAGAAAACAUCGACAACAAAAGUAUCGCGUUCUGUGAGAAGUGCAAGGGUUUGGUCAAACCCGAUAUUGUAUUCUUCGGUGAAUCGCUUCCCGAGAAUUUUAUACGUGCCAUCCCCUCCAUCAAAACGGCGGAUCUUCUCAUCAUCAUAGGAACGUCCCUAACGGUGCACCCUUUUGCCUCAUUGGCAGGCCUGCCUGAGCCUCUUUGCCCUCGGGUUCUGGUUAAUCUUGAAAGGGUGGGAGAUCUGGGACGUCGGCCUGAUGACGUAGUUCUUCUGGGAAAAUGUGACGAAGUUAUAAAAGAUCUGUGCAGACGGCUGGGGUGGGAGGAGGAGCUGAUGAAGUUGUGGGCUGAGACGGAAAUCAAGGAGGUCGAGACGACGGCCACUCCUUCCAAGGCACCAGUGACCUCGUUCAGGGUAUUGAAGGGAAAUGACAUCAAGGCUGUGGCUGAGUACAUUAAGUCCAAGGUUUGCCGGAAUAUCACCGUCAUGCUUGGUGCUGGUGCGAGUGCCUCUGCUGGCAUUCCCGAUUACCGGUCUCCAGAGACAGGUACGUAGUCACGUCUGCAAUGAUCGUCAAUAUUGUACAAUGAUGGAACUGCGUGGUCAGAUUUAUAUGUGAGGCCGAGUUGUCGAACAUGUUUUCCUCGUGUUCACUUUAACUGAUAUUGAUGUGUAGGCGAGUCUUGCGACAAUGAACCUUCCCUACCCUGAAGCGAUAUUCGAGCUUGAAUAUUUCCGACAGAAUCCGCUCCCAUGCAGGCGCUGUACCCCGGAAAAUACCGGCCGACGCUCACGCAUUCGUUUAUCCGUCUUCUUGAUUCAAAACGGC